UCCCUCCGCGCAGCGGAACGGGGGCGCGGGCAUGUGAGGGGCGCACCCGGCGGGGAGGGAGGUCCCGUCGGCAGGAAGGCGGUCGGGAGCUCCUGCACACCGCAAGGAUACUGCAUUUCUGAGAACCAGAAUCUCUCCCAGACAUUUCAAAGGACUACACAGAAGACCUUCCUUUUUCUCAAGGGAAUCAAGUAACUGCGUUUGGACUUUUAAGUCAGUCCUAGUAUACGGAUGUGGACUUCAGGUAGAAUGAGCAAUGCAAAGAACUUGUUUGGACUUGGUGUCUCCUUGUAUUUUUGGGGACUGAUGGACCUUACUACACCUGUGCUGUCAGGAAGUGCCAGGCCCCUCACUGAAGGGCAAGAAGACAACCUGUCAGACAAGCUGCAUCAGCGUAUGAAGAGGAGCUGGGUGUGGAACCAGUUUUUUGUUCUGGAGGAAUAUACAGGAACUGACCCUCUCUACGUUGGAAAGCUCCACUCUGACAUGGACAGGGGAGAUGGUUCUAUCAAAUACAUCCUGUCGGGAGAGGGAGCUGGCAUUGUGUUCACGAUUGAUGACACGACAGGGGACAUCCAUGCCAUUCAGCGGCUGGACCGGGAAGAAAGGUCACAGUACACCCUCAGAGCGCAGGCUCUGGACAGGCGAACGGGCCGGCCCAUGGAGCCAGAGUCAGAGUUCAUCAUCAAAAUCCAAGACAUCAACGACAAUGAGCCCAAGUUCCUGGAUGGACCUUACGUAGCCUCUGUUCCAGAAAUGUCACCUGUGGGCACCUCUGUUAUCCAGGUGACAGCGACAGAUGCUGAUGACCCAACCUAUGGGAACAGCGCGAGAGUCGUAUACAGUAUUCUCCAAGGACAACCAUAUUUCUCUGUGGACUCUCGGACAGGCUUAAUUAGAACAGCUCUAAUGAACAUGGACCGAGAAGCAAAAGAAUAUUAUGAAGUGAUUAUCCAGGCCAAGGACAUGGGUGGACAGCUGGGAGGAUUAGCUGGAACAACCACAGUCAACAUCACUCUCUCUGAUGUCAACGACAAUCCACCCAGAUUUCCACAGAAGCAUUAUCAGAUGAGUGUGCUGGAGUCUGCUCCCGUCAGCUCCACCGUGGGUCGUGUGGUUGCUAAAGACCUGGACGAAGGCAUUAAUGCAGAGAUGAAAUACAGCCUCGUGGAUGGAGAUGGACUGGAUGUCUUUGAUAUUAACACUGAUCCUAAUUACCAAGUUGGCAUCAUCACUGUGAGAAAGCCUUUAAGUUUUGAGAGCAAGAAAAGUUACACCUUGAAGGUAGAGGGUGCCAACCCUCACCUGGAAAUGCGGUUCCUGAACCUUGGUCCCUUCCGUGACACCACCACCGUCCACAUCAGUGUGGAGGAUGUGGAUGAGCCUCCUGUGUUCGAGCCCAGCAUCUACUUUGUGGAAGUGCCCGAGGAUGUGGAGAUUGGGACCACCAUACAGAUCAUUUCUGCCAAGGACCCAGAUGUGACCAACAACUCCAUCAGAUACUCGAUUGACAGGAGCAGUGAUCCGGGACGGUUCUUUUAUGUUGACAUUACAUCAGGAGCACUGAUGACUGCAAGACCUCUUGACCGGGAGGACAUUUCUUGGCACAACAUCACUGUGUUGGCCAUGGAGCUGAAUAACCCCUCACAGGUGGGCAGUGUCUCUGUGACAGUGAAAGUCCUGGAUGUGAACGACAACGCACCAGAGUUUGCAAGAUUUUAUGAAACUUUUGUUUGUGAAAAUGCCAAAGCAGGCCAGCUGAUUCAGACAGUGAGUGCCAUCGACAGGGAUGACCCACAGGAGGGUCAGCACUUCUAUUACAGCCUGGCUCCAGAGGCAGCCAACAACCCCAACUUUACUCUAAGGGACAAUCAAGACAACACGGCGUGGAUUUUGACGAGGCGCGCUGGCUUCCGGCAGCACGAGCAGGGCACCUUCCACCUGCCCAUCGUCAUCAGCGACAACGGGCGCCCGGUGCUGAGCAGCACGGGCACGCUGACCGUGCACGUGUGCAGCUGCGACCAGGAGGGCGCCCUCAUGUCCUGCAGCGCCGAGGCCUACGUCCUCCCCGUCAGCCUGAGCCGAGGGGCCCUCAUCGCCAUCCUCGCCUGCAUCUUUGUCCUGCUGGUGCUGGUGCUCCUCAUCCUCUCCAUGCGGCGCCAGCGGAAGCAGCCGUACAUCAUCGACGAGGAGGAGAACAUCCACGAGAACAUCGUCAGGUACGACGACGAGGGCGGCGGCGAGGAGGACACGGAGGCCUUCGACAUCGCCGCCAUGUGGAACCCGCGGGAGGCCCAGCUGGUGGUGAGGAACCGGCAGGACAUGCUCCCUGAGAUAGAGAGCCUCUCCCGCCACGUGCCUCAGGCGUGCGUCAUGGACAACAACGUCCACAACUACGUGCUGGCCAAGCUCUACGAAGCUGACAUGGACCUGUGGGCGCCUCCCUUCGACUCCCUGCAGACCUACAUGUUUGAGGGGAGCGGCUCGGUGGCAGAGUCGCUCAGCUCCCUACAGUCCGUGAGCACAGACUCAGACCAGAGCUACGACUACCUGACGGACUGGGGGCCGCGCUUCAAGAAGCUGGCCGAGAUGUACGGGGCCACGGACAGCAGCGGGGCUCUGUGGUAACAGCCAGGAGUGGCAGAGGGCUUUCCAUGUCAAACGGUGUCCAGCUCGGUCCAUUCUCAUCAGAUGCUUCCAUGGACGUGGGUGAGGCCUCAUUAAAAAAUAGCAAUACAGUGCUUGGAUGAGAAUGGGAAGGUGCGAAUGAAGGUCUCUCUGGAUCAGCUUUACUCACUUAAAUUAAGUCACAUUUUUUGAAACUUUGAGAAACAGAAGGAAGGAAGUUUUUUUCUUGGUUCUUACAGCAAAAUUGGAGAGCUCCUCACCUGGAAUAUGGCAUUGCUCUCUCUCUCUCUCUUCCUUUCUUUCUCCUUUGUACACGGCAGCUUACUGAGCUCUAUACACCAGGGUUCAAAGAUCUGUAAACUCCAGUUGUAAUCUCCAACUCACUGAGAAAUUGUCACCACAGAAGAGUUGCUUCCUACUGAUCUUUUUUUCCCCAUUAAAACAGAAAGAAUUGCUUGCUAACAAAAGAAAAAAAUCCACAAAGCAGAAAAUUGAAGCUGGAAUCUCAGAGGGCUCCUUGUAAACUAAACUCCUCCCUCUGUUGCUAACAGAGUUCUUUUUUAAUUCUUUAGAAACAAGGCUGAGGUUGGGGGUUUUUUUCCAUGUGACUGAGAGGGCUGGGGAAGAGGCUUUGAAUUUCUGCUCUAGUUUAAUGGCUGAUCUGUGAGUCAUUGGCGUUAACACUAAUCCAUCUCCUAUUAAGUUUGUGUAAAUUUAUUCUUGACUCUUUAAAACCCGACUCUGCUAAACUUCUCAGAACAGAACCAGAAAAUCUGCCUCUUUUGCACUGUAGAUGUCUCUUCCAUGUGCCAAAUGUGAAGAUUAGAUUCUACCAAUGAAAGCCAAAUAAAUUUUAAAAUAAGAAAAAGCUAUAUUUGGUAACUACAUGGGUUAGAUGGGCUUUCCUAAUCUGUGUGAGGUCAAUCCAAGGGAUGUUUACAUACUGUAGAUAACCUACUUGAACAAAUGCAGUAUUAUAGACCAAUAAAUGGAUGUAAGAAAAUUACAUGUAUAAGUUUUGUAUAUUUGUUAAUUUUGGUAAUAAAUAUGAUGUACUGCA